ACCAUACUCAUCCAAUUCUUAAUAUUUCAGUAGCCCUUUCUUCUCCGAAUCCUCAAAAACAAACUGCUCUAAAAUGGCUUCAAACUCUAACUCCAGACCCCCUUCCCCCCUCGGCCUCGAACAAGACCAAGAAUUCGACUACUCCAAACGCUCCCAGUGGCUGCGCGCCGCCGUGCUGGGCGCCAACGAUGGCCUCGUCUCCACCGCAUCGCUGAUGAUGGGCGUCGGCGCCGUCAAACACGCCAUCAAGGCCAUGAUUCUCGCAGGCUUCGCCGGCCUGGUCGCCGGCGCUUGCUCCAUGGCAAUCGGAGAGUUCGUGUCUGUGUACUCGCAGCUCGACAUAGAGCUCGCGCAGAUGAGGAGGGAGGAGAAGCGGGCGGGCGUGGUGGCGUUGGGCGGCGACGACGAGAAGAGAGAGGGUUUGCCGAAUCCGAUUCAGGCGGCCGCGGCGUCAGCUCUCGCAUUUUCAGUUGGUGCGAUGGUGCCGUUGCUGGCUGCCUCCUUUAUAACUGAGUAUAAAGUGAGGGUGGGGGCGGUGGUGGCCGCGGUGAGCGCCGCGCUGGUGGCGUUUGGGUGGCUGGGGGCGGCGCUGGGCCGGGCGCCGGUGGUGCGGUCGACUGCUAGGGUUUUGGUGGGAGGGUGGCUGGCCAUGGCCUUAACCUUCGGUUUGACAAAGUUGAUUGGAUCCAAAGGGUUGUAAAUUGAAGGUGGCUUUGGCUCUUGAUAUGAGUAUAGGAAAUUAAAUUGUAGCAUGGCAUGGUCAAUUCCUAUAUUCAUUAUUUGUAUUUGUACAAGACUCGUAUAUAUGUUUAAAAUUGAGAAUAGUAUAUUGGAAUAAAAUGUCGAAUUGUCAUUCCACUUACAAGCUUUAA